UCAUAAUUCAACGCUAUACUAAAUUGAUUCCUUGAAUAUCUGUGAAUCCCUGAAUGGUCACUGCUCAGCACCUUUUACUCGCACUCUACGCCGGAAUUAAUUAACAAUCCAUUUUCGUUAUCCAAUUCCGACCAGAGGCAGAGAGGCAUGGGUCACCAACACUCCAAAUUGUCAGAACCAAAAGAAUCGCGUCGCGCUCGCUUCAAAGAGCGUCUGCGUCACCACUUUCGCAGCCGCAGAAGUGGUAACAGUAAUGGCUCUUCCGGCCACAAGCUCCUCUCCGCUGAUAACUUCGCCGGAAUUGCUCUCCUCGCCCUCCUUCGCGCGGAGAUGAAGUUCAAGGAUAAAUGGAUUGCGUGCGUUUCUCUCGGGGAACAGACUUUUCGCACCAACACUUCUGACCACACAGACAAACCGGUUUGGAACUCAGAAAAGAAACUUCUUUUGGAACAGAGUGGGGCUCAUGUUGCAAGAAUUUCUGUCUUCGAGACCAACAAACUGUCCAGCAAUACCCUUGUUGGAUACUGUGAGGUUGAUCUACUUGAAUUUCUGACCAAGGAUUCUGAUUCUGACAUUGAGAUAUUGGAUCUUUUAGAUCCAUCAGUACCUGGAAAAGUGGUUGGCAACAUUUCCAUUUCAUGCUCUGUAGAGGAUCCAAUUGAAACAGAGAAAGGCUUUGUUAGACGUAUUUUAUCUAUAGUGGACUACAAUGAAGAUGGGAUGCUUUCACUUUCUGAAUUUUCUGACCUGAUUGAUGCUUUUGGCAAUCAAGUUGCAACCAGCAAGAAAGAAGAGCUUUUCAAAGCAGCUGACAAGAAUGGAGAUGGUGUUGUGAGCAUGGACGAGUUGGCCUCCCUUCUUACUUUUCAUCAAGAACAGGAACCAUUAUUGAAUUGCUGCCCUGUGUGUGGUGAGGUUCUUAAGAUUUCUGACCUGUUGAACAGCAUGAUCCACUUAAGUCUUUGUUUUGAUGAAGGGACUGGUAACCAGGUGAUGGCUGGAGGGUUCUUGACAGAUAAGCAGGCUUCGUAUGGCUGGUUCUUCAAAUUGAGUGAGUGGGCCCAUUUCUCAUCCUAUGAUGUUGGUAUUCGAUCUGGAUCAAGUGCAUCCCAUAUUCUGGUAUAUGAUCGGAAGUCUCAAAGGCUUGUUGAAGAAAUAAUUGACAAAAAGAUUGUUUUGUCAAUGAGAGCCAUUUAUCAGUCAAAAAUAGGUCUUGGCCUAAUGGACAUAGGGGUGAAGGAGCUCUUGCAAAGCAUUUCUGAAAAGCAGGGAGCACGAAUGGAUUCACCUGAAUCGUCUGCAGAUAUACCAAAAUUUAUUGAAUCUUUUAAGGAUCAAAUCAAUUUGGCUGAAGUCAAGUACCCCCUGGAACACUUUAAGACGUUCAAUGAAUUUUUCAUAAGGGAGUUGAAGCCUGGUUCAAGACCAGUUGCUUCUGCUGAACGUGAUGACAUUGCUGUAUGUGCUGCUGAUUGCCGUCUAAUGGCAUUCAAUUCAGUUAAUGAUAGUACAAGAUUCUGGAUCAAGGGUCGAAAGUUUUCGGUUCAAGGCCUUUUGGGGAAAGAAAUGUGUUCCAGUCCUUUUGUUGAUGGAACAAUGGUGAUUUUCCGUUUGGCACCACAGGAUUAUCACCGUUUCCAUUUUCCAGUAUCAGGAAUUAUUGAGCAAUCUGUAGAUAUCCCUGGAUGCUUGUACACUGUCAAUCCCAUUGCUGUAAAUAGCAAGUACUGUAAUGUCUUCACGGAGAACAAGAGAGUUGUUUCCAUAAUUUCAACUGUAGAUUUUGGAAAGGUGGCAUUUGUUGCAAUAGGAGCUACAAUGGUUGGUAGCAUUAGUUUUACAAAGAAAAAGGGCGACAAUGUCAAGAAGGGAGAUGAGUUCGGAUAUUUCUCAUUCGGUGGAAGCACUGUAAUUUGCGUUUUUGAAAAGAACUCAAUUGCACUUGAUGAAGACCUUCUAGCAAAUAGCACGAGAUCACUGGAAACCUUGGUUUCCGUAGGAAUGAGAUUGGGCGUCGCUACGAAGAAAUUGUCUUGAUAUUGGAUGACUAGGAAUUGUUGAAAUUGAAUACUAAUUUCAUGUCAUAUUAACAUCAUGGUAGAUGUUUUCCCAAUUUGUAAAGUAAACAUUUGUCAACUCUUGCUGGCUCUAUGUUAGAAUUGUCCGGUUUGAUCUAUAUAUAAAUUUGGGGAAAGUUUAGCCUUAA